GGGUUUAAAAAAAAAGAAUUUGUGGUCUCUCUCAGAAAGCCAUGACUCACCGACAAGUGUUCACUUACAUCGUCACAUCUUCAAGGUGUGUUGUGCCUUCUUUGUGUCAGUUUGUACCAUUUGUUUAACUGCUGAAAAUAUAACAAUAUUGCUGCACAUCUGGACGUGGAACUCUAACGAGGGACCAGAAAAAGAGAAGAUGAGUCUUCUUAUACUCCUUCUAUUAUGUGCAGGACAAGUGAAGACAACCUCAGCCUCAACCAGUAGUGCAACAACAGUUGACUCAACUACACUAUGGGUCAACUUAACAUCCACACCAGGCAAUGGUACCUCAAAUCCAUCGAUCACCACAUUUUCUCCAGUCAACCGAACUUCACCACCAGUCAACAUGACCUCAACAGUCAACCCAACCUCAAAACCAGUUGACAUGACUUCAAUAGUCAACCCAACCUCAAAACUAAUCAACAUGACUUCAAUACCAGUAAAAAGGACCUCACUGGAAAACCCAACUGCACCACCAGGCAACAUGACUUCAGCACCAGGUAUUGCAAGCACUUCUUCGGCCACUGGAACAUCUGCACCACCAAGCAUCACAGCUACAAGAGCAGCAAUUACAACUACAACCCCAACACCUACCAAACUUGAGCCGAAAAUCAAGUUGGGAUUUAAGAUGCAACAAACUUUUACCCCACAACUUACAAACAAAUCUUCACCAGCGUUCCUUGAAUUAAAGGACAAAGUGACCACAGCACUCGACAUGGUCUACUCAGAACAAUAUGGAUCCAGCUUCAAUCGAACUGUCAUCAACAGCUUCAGUCAAGGAUCUGUUGUGGUAGAUGCUGAACUGAUAUUCAAUGAAGUGAAUACAUUACCAAAUGCUUCCUCUGUCGCUGGAACUUUGGUGACUGCCUCUUCCAGCUCCAACUUUUCUCUGGGUGUCAACACAUCUUCUAUUUCUGCAACAACUAUUUUGGCACCAACUCAACCCCCAACAACAGUUGCCCCUUCAACACCACAAGUCAACGCCACCUCACUUCCAGUCAACAUCACCUCAUCGCCAGUCAACCCAACAUCAUCACCAAUCAGCAUGACAUCAUCAUUAAGUAUUGCAAGCACUUCUUCGGCCACUGGAACAUCUGCACCACCAAGCAUCACAACUACAAGAGCAGCAAUUACAACUACAACCCCAACACCUACCAAACUUGAGCCGAAAAUCAAGUUGGGAUUUAAGAUGCAACAAACUUUUACCCCACAACUUACAAACAAAUCUUCACCAGCGUUCCUUGAAUUAAAGGACAAAGUGACCACAGCACUCGACAUGGUCUACUCAGAACAAUAUGGAUCCAGCUUCAAUCGAACUGUCAUCAACAGCUUCAGUCAAGGAUCUGUUGUGGUAGAUGCUGAACUGAUAUUCAAUGAAGUGAAUACAUUACCAAAUGCUUCCUCUGUCGCUGGAACUUUGGUGACUGCCUCUUCCAGCUCCAACUUUUCUCUGGGUGUCAACACAUCUUCUAUUUCUGCAACAACUGUUUUGGCACCAACUCAACCCCCAACAACAGUUGCCCCUUCAACACCACAAGUCAACGCCACCUCACUUCCAGUCAACAUCACCUCAUCGCCAGUCAACCCAACAUCAUCACCAAUCAGCAUGACAUCAUCAUUAAGUAACAUCACCUCACAACCAGUCAACAAGACAUCACCACCAGUCAAACCAACUUCACCAUCAGUAAACAUGACAUCACCACUAGUCAACCAUACAUCACCAGUCAACCCAUCUUCACCAUCAGUCAACAUGACAUCACCACCACUCAACAUGACAUCACCACCACCCAACAUUACGUCACCACCAGUCAACCCAACUUCCCCAUCAGUAAACUUGACAUCACCACCAGUCAACAUGACAUCACCAACAGUCAACAUGACCUCCCCACCAGUCAACCCAACUUCACCAUCAGUAAACAUGACAUCACCAGUCAACCCAACUUCACCAUUAGCCAACAUGACAUCACCACCAGCCAACAUUACGUCACCACCAGUCAACAUUACAUCACCACCAGUCAACCCAACUUCACCGUCAGACAACAUCACAUCACCAACAGUCAACAUUACGUCACCACCAGUCAACAUUACAUCACCACCAGUCAACCCAACUUCACCGUCAGACAACAUCACAUCACCAACAGUCAACAUUACGUCACCGCCAGUCAACCCAACUUCCCCAUCAGUAAACUUGACAUCACCACUAGUCAACAUUACGUCCCCACCAGUCAACCCAACUUCACCAUCAGUAAACAUGACAUCACCAGUCAACCCAACUUCACCAUUAGCCAACAUGACAUCACCACCAGCCAACAUGACAUCACCACCAGCCAACAUUACGUCACCACCAGUCAACCCAACUUCACCAUCAGUAAACAUGACAUCACCAGUCAACCCAACCUCACCACCAGUCAACUUUACAUCACCAGUCAACCCAACUUCACCAUCAGCCAACAUGACAUCACCACCAGUCAACAUUACUUCACCACCAGUCAACAUGACAUCAACAUUCAACCCCACCUCACCACCAGUCGACAUUACUUCAGCACCAGGUAAUAUGACCUCACCAGUCAACCCAUCUUCACCAUCCGUCAACAUCACAUCACCACCACUCAACAUGACAUCACCACCACCCAACAUUACGUCCCCACCAGUCAACCCAACUUCACCAUUAGCCAACAUGACAUCACCAACAGUCAACAUUACGUCACCACCAGUCAACCCAACUUCACCAUCAGUUAACAUGACAUCACCAGUCAACCCAACUUCACCAUUAGCCAACAUGACAUCACCACCAGCCAACAUUACGUCACCACCAGUCAACCCAAAUUCACCAUCAGUAAACUUGACAUCACCAGUCAACCCAACCUCACCACCAGCCAACUUUACAUCACCAGUCAGCCCAACUUCACCAUCAGUAAACAUGACAUCACCAGUCAACCCAACUUCACCAUUAGCCAACAUGACAUCACCACCAGCCAACAUUACGUCACCACCAGUCAACCCAAAUUCACCAUCAGUAAACAUGACAUCACCACUAGUCAACUUAACAUCACCAGUCAACCCAACCUCACCAUCAGCCAACUUUACAUCACCAGUCAACCCAACCUCACCACCAGUCAACUUAACAUCACCAGUCAACCCAACCUCACCAUCAGCCAACUUUACAUCACCAGUCAACCCAACUUCACCGGCAGCCAACAUGACAUCACCACCGGUCAACAUUACUUCACCACCAGUCAACAUGACAUCAACAUUCAACCCCACCUCACCACCAGUCGACAUUACUUCAACACUAGGUAUUGCAAGCACUUCUUCGGCCACUGGAACAUCUGCACCACCAAGCAUCACAACUACAAGAGCACCAAUUACAACUACAACCCCAACACCUACCAAACUUGAGCCGAAAAUCAAGUUGGGAUUUAAGAUGCAACAAACUUUUACCCCACAACUUACAAACAAAUCUUCACCAGCGUUCCUUGAAUUAAAGGACAAAGUGACCACAGCACUCGACAUGGUCUACUCAGAACAAUAUGGAUCCAGCUUCAAUCGAACUGUCAUCAACAGCUUCAGUCAAGGAUCUGUUGUGGUAGAUGCUGAACUGAUAUUCAAUGAAGUGAAUACAUUACCAAAUGCUUCCUCUGUCGCUGGAACUUUGGUGACUGCCUCUUCCAGCUCCAACUUUUCUCUGAGUGUCAACACAUCUUCUAUUUCUGCAACAACUGUUUUGGCACCAACUCAACCCCCAACAACAGUUGCCCCUUCAACACCACAAGUCAACAUCACCUCACUUCCAGUCAACAUCACCUCAUCGCCAGUCAACCCAACAUCAUCACCAAUCAGCAUGUCCUCAACAUUAGUUCAAGGUAAUGCAAGUACUCAACCUGACACUGGAACAUCGGCACCACCAAGCAUCACAACUACAAGUUCUCCAACGACAACUACAACCCCAACACCUACCACAACAGAGCCAACAAUUAAGUUGGGAUUUAAGAUGCAGCAAACUUUUACUCCACAACUUGCAAACAAAUCCUCAUCAGAGUUCAUUGAAUUAAAGAACAAAGUGAAAACAGCGCUCGACAAGGUAUAUUCAGAACAAUAUGGAUCCAGCUUCAAUCGAACUGUCAUCAACAGUUUCAGUCAAGGUUCCGUUGUGGUUGAUGCGGAACUGAGAUUCAAUAAAGUGACAACAUUGCCAAAUGCCACGUCUGUGGUUUCUACUUUGGCGACUGCUUCUUCCAGCUCUAAUUUUUCCCUCAAUGUCAACACAUCCUCUAUUUCUGCAACAAUUGUUUCAGUAGCUUCUACUGCAGCUCCUACUACAGCUGCCCCUGCAGCAGCUUCUACUGCAGCUCCUACCACAGCUGUCCCUGCUCCGGCUUCUACUGCAGCUCCUACUGCAGCUCCUACUGCGGACUCUACUACAGCUACCCCUGCUCCAGCUCCUACUACAUCUGCCCCUACUGCUGCGCCUAAGUCAACUGCCGCUUCCACUGCUGCACCAGUUCCUUUACCUACGACCGCCUCAACAAAUCCUACCACUUCCAGUGAGGGAACCCUUGGACUAAAGUUUAGUCUCAACCAAACAUUUACAGCAGAUCUCUCAGACUCAUCCUCUACAGCAUACCAGACCUUGGCUGCAGAAGUGGUCAAAGAGCUCAACAGAUUGUGUACAAAUCUGUAUGGACCAGAUUUUGUUCGCUCUGUUGUUAACGCAUUCACGAGUGGCUCGGUGGUUGCAGACACAACCAUUGUUUUUAAAGAUACAGGCUCAGUUCCUUCAUCAAGCACAGCAACUACACAACUCAGCAGUGCAUUAACAAGCAACUCUACCUCCCUGAACAUUAUAUCAGGCAGUGUUUCUGCAACUUCUUCUUCUACUGCUUCCACUGCCACACCUGCUGUUACUGCUGCUCCUACUGCAGCUCGUACUACAGCUGCCCCUACUGCAGCUCCUACUAAAGCUCCCACGGCAGCUCCUACUGCAGCUCCUACUGCAGCUCCUACUGCAGCUCCUACUGCGGCUCCCACGGCAGCUCCUACUGCAGCUCCUACUGCAGCUCCCACGGCAGCUCCUACUGCAGCUCCUACUGCAGCUCCCACGGCAGCUCCUACUAAAGCUCCCACUGCAGCUCCUACUAAAGCUCCCACUGCAGCUCCUACAAAAGCUCCCACUGCAGCUCCUACUAAAGCUCCCACUGCAGCUCCUACAAAAGCUCCCACUGCAGCUCCUACUAGAGCUCCCACUGCAGCUCCUACAAAAGCUCCCACUGCAGCUCCUACUAAAGCUCCCACUGCAGCUCCUACUAAAGCUCCCACUGCAGCUCCUACUAAAGCUCCCACUGCAGCUCCUACAAAAGCUCCCACUGCAGCUCCUACUAAAGCUCCCACUGCAGCUCCUACAAAAGCUCCCACUGCAGCUCCUACUAAAGCUCCCACUGCAGCUCCUACUAAAGCUCCCACUGCAGCUCCUACAAAAGCUCCCACUGCAGCUCCUACUAAAGCUCCCACUAAAACUCCCACUAAAGCUCCCACUAAAGCUCCUACUACUGCCACCACUGCAGCUCCUACUGAUCCUCCAACAUCCAGUGAGGGAACUCUUGGCCUUCAGUUUAGUCUCGACCAAACAUUUACAUCAGAUCUUUCAGACUCAUCAUCAACUGCGUACAAGACUUUGGCUGCAACAGUGAUCAGUGAGGUAAACAAAGUGGCUCAAAAACUCUAUGGAGGAUCUUUCCUUCGCAGCAUUCUUAACAAAUUCACGAGUGGAUCAGUGAAAGCUGACAUGACCCUUGUCUACAAAAAUAAAACUUCAACUCCUACAGCAAGCAUUGCAUCUUCAGAUUUCAGCACUGCGCUCAGCUCUUCUUCCCUGAAUGUUAUACAAGGCAGCGUUUCUGCACAAUCAACAUCAACAUCAAGCAGUCCCCCUCGUCCCACAACGGGUUCAUUGGUUGUGUUUUCAUUAACCCUGCUGGCUGUGGCACUGAUGCUGACCAACUAAUAACCAACAUCAAAGGCAGAUACACUUGGUUAAGAGCUUUUUGUAUGCAAUCAAGUGGGAAAAAAAGCAAUGUAUCAACAAACUGAAAGCAAAACAUAACAUGUGUACAAAAUGGAAUUUACCAAUACAAUGCGAAAUGGUAAAAAGAUGUGUACUGUGUGUGUAAAACAUAACGUUUGUUCAGUAUUUCAUACAUUUGAUGUUACAAUCAAUUUUGAUCAAGUAAAUAUAUUUUUCUUUUAUUUACAAAGAAUUAUCAUUGAGAUAAGUAAUCAACAAUGACAUAUUUGAUACUUUUGUGGCUUUUUAUAACUACACCUAUAAUUAGUUUUUUAAAUGUUUCCUUUGUUAUGCUAUUUUUCACAUUCCAACCCGAAUGUUAAACUGUAUAGAAGAUAACGUAAUAAAUAUUUAUUUCCGAUUAAACACAUUGUAAGAUCAAGCAAGACACACAUUAAAUUCAAAGCCACUGUUAAUUGUGAGUGAAAGAAAAAGUGUGCAGGUGUUUUUGUAAAAUGAUCUUGAUGAUGAAGAAUAAUGAUUUAUAUGACUUCUUAGGCAAACUGUCAGUGUAGGUAAACCAUGACAGUCUUUCCCUUAUCCAAACCAUGCGUUUAGGUGGCCUAAAAACAGCACAGAAGAAAACAAAAAUGUCAUUUAAAUAAAAAUAGUUGUCAUUGAAUUGAUUAACACAAUUUCACUGUAUGAUUUUUAGAAGGGGAAUAAUAAAUAUGUGUAUCUUUGUCAAUCAAUAAAGUAUUUAAAUUGUA